ACAAGCGCAUAAUGUCCCACGGUCUAGCAGCCCCUGCCAGAAGCGGUUCAAACACGUUCCCUGCUUACUGUUCGUCCUUAUGGGCAAAUCGCACCUCGAGUGCGUGUGUUGUUGGGGUUGCUACGGCAAGCCAGCAGCAAGCAAAGCAACCAUUGCUUAUAGCGCAAAGGUAAAGGAAUAAUAAAAUUGAGCCUAGCCCUGAACGCGUCUAUCGAUCGAAGCCAACCUGGCGCUGCGUGUCUAUUGUGUGCGUGUGUGUGUGUGUGUGUUUGCGUACGUUUCAAUUUUCUCCGGCUGGAACCGUGGUACACUGAGCGACGCUCAGCCGAACGUGGCAGCAGACUGCUUCGAUUAUGCUUAGCUCGACUUGUACACACAAAAAAAAGCAAACGAGGGGAGAAAACACACCGACCGGACAUGCUUCUGUGGCAGAUUUGUAUUUCCACCCUCGUCGUAGUCGUAGUUCGCUUCACACUGCUUCUCCUCCCCUUCGCCACCCUUCCGGGUGUGUAUAUGCGCAUGUGCGAAAUACAUGUGUAGAGCGGCAAACUAAGGCGUAUGUCGCUCGGCAAUGAAACACAGGACAUUAGUGGAGCUUUCUAGUUUUUGCAAACAAAAAAAAAGCAAUGCAGGAAUCAGAAAGGAAAAUUAUUGGAAAAACGCAACCCAAAGAAAAUAAUAAAAUUUAAACCAUCAAACCACUUGCACUGCUAUUAAGUACGUUCCUAAUCACCACUCAGGCCUUGCGAAAAACGACUUGCGCAAAGAAAAAAGCAAAGAGAGUUACAGAGAGAGAGAGCAUGUGACCGAGUGAGAGUGUUUUUCCCAGAAAGGGUCUUAAAAAAAAUCUCGCACUAAAAUUCGAAUCGCUCAAAGCAGAAGGGUGGCUAAGCAACCGCGGGCAAAUGGGACAAAAAGGGGCUUCAAAAGGAUAUACAUGCAUUGCGUUCUCGCUCACCCGCUCGCUCGCUCAUCCUACCGUCGUCUCUUUUCCACUCCAACCAUCAACCGGAUCGGAGUAGUCUGCGAAGGGGAAAUCAAGUCAGCUGAGCGGUUCGGGCCUACUGCGACCAGGACGCGACUCUAGUUCAGACAGUGUGUGUGUGGCGCUGUCAUCGAUAGGAUACGGAAAACGUGCUGUUCGCUGAAGCCUUUUCCCCAUUUACCGGAAGUGCUUCAUUCGGGCAGAAGCGUCAUCAUUAUCGCGCAGCGGACGGAUAAAGUGACGGACUGUCCUAAGCCUGCUGCACCACUUGCUGGUGGUGGCAGUAACCGACUGUGGUGGGAAAAAGUAUCGAUUUUCUCGCUCCCGGCUGGCGCACGUUUCGGGCGUGAAACGUCAGCCCCAUCCAUCAAACGUGCGCCUGACCGUACUGGUGCUGCGUGUGCUUUUCCGUGCUGCAUCAACCAACGGCCCAUCGACCUGACGUAAGCAGCUUCGGUGGAAGUUCGGUCUAUAGGAGGGAAAAAAACCCUCCUGGGAAGGAUAUUUCUCACCAGACAGCAUGACGACCACGGCAGCAGCUUCAUCGGCCAGCGGUACGGCGGAUAGUGGCAGCGGUGGACGGGUGAGCGGUGGCCGGAUAAGCCAAAAGCAGCGAGCUCCCAGCGACGGUACCGAUUCGUCGUCGUGCAGUGCCCGCGAACCGUGGAUCUCGACGAACAAAAUUCUCAACAGCAGCCUGUGCGGCCGGCGCAUCAACAGCCGCAACCCUAACUUUGACUACGACGAAACGAAGCUGCUGAUCGCGCUGUGGGGUGACCCGCUGGUGCAGAAAACGCUCAUCACCACGCACAAGAAGCAUCCGGUGAUUGCGGAGCUGGCGCGGAAAAUGCGCGAGCACGGGUACAACCGGUCGACGGAGGAAAUUAAUACGCGCAUCAAGAAUCUUAAAUGUUUCUACAACCGCAUCAAGAAGGAUAUGGCGGCCGGUAUCAUUAAUCAGACGACCUGGCGCCAUUACGCCGAGAUGGACGAAAUCAUAAGCCGGCCGGUGUUUGGGAAUGCGCAUCGGUUGUAUCUGCAGCAGCAACAGCCGGAGCAACCCCAGGAGGAGCCUCAACCACAGCAGCCGAAUGUUCGGGAGCUCUCCAAGCGCGACGCUGACCCGGGCGACGGUGCGAAGGAUGCGCUGCCCCAGUUCCCGGUAAAGCUGGAAGUGAUGAGUGACGAUGACGAUGAUUACGAACCGACCGAGAUACGGGCCGAAGAUUUGCUUACCAUCGAUGCAAAGUUCCCGGACGAUCCGCCGGCCGCCCCGGCCGAGCGAACGUUGCGCGGAGCUGGAAGUGGUGCUGGCAAUCGCAACGGCAGGAAUGGCAAGAGUGCUGCCAACGGUAAGACAUCGACCCGCAAGCAACCGGAUGAGGAGGAGGACGAGGAAGAAGAAGAGGAGGAUGAGGAUGCGGAAGAGGAAGACGAAGAAGAGGAGGAGGAGGAGGAAGAGGAGGAAGACGAUGAUGAGGGAAGCGAUUUCGAUGUGGAAAAUGAGUUUAACGACGGGCUGGACGAGUUGCUCCAGAAAGCGCAGGCAACCAAAUCUUCACCCGGAACCGGUGGUACGAACGCUCCGAAGGCACCGAGCCAAGGAUCCGGUACAGCGAAACCGGCUGGUACGAGUGGUUUGGUGAUUGAAACGAUUACCUCCGGCAAUGGUACCACCAUCACGGCGACUGGCGCAAGUUCUACCAGCAUACCGACGACCACCACCACCGGCAAGAUUUCCGUUGUGCCGACGAAUCUGCUCAUGAAGCAACCGGUCUCGGUUGCCUCGAGCAUGACCACACCGAUACAGAUCUACACCCAGCCGACGGUAAGCAUCGCCAAGGGUCCAACGGGCACAGCGAACACUAUGGUCGCAACGGCCGGCACUGCCGGGCCCGUCGGAACGGCCCCGAUGAAGCUGCUGCUGGUGAACACGGUCGCGAAGGAUGGGACCACGCAGCAGAUACUGACGCCCGCCUCGGAAGCCACCAUGCCAAAGCUUAUCCCGGCACCGGUUCACCAUCAUUCCAAGCUGCCGCUCACGGUCGGCGGCGGGCAAUCGCCGAUCGUCACCAUACCGACCGUCAACGUGCCGAAGCAGGUGGGCGCACCGAUCAAGCUCGGUCCGGCCGGGCCACGGCCAGCCGGCCAGUCAGCUGGCUUCCGCACCCUGCUCACGCAGCUAGUCGCUAUACAGCGUGAAAAUUUAGCGCUCAACCAGGAACGAUUGGCGCUGGAAAAGGAGCGACUGGAGUUCGAAAAACAGUUCGGAGGUUCGUUGGUCGGUAUGGUGCGGAACAUGAGCACGUUCUUCACCGGCAUGCUGCAGCACCAGCACAAGGAACAGCAGCAAUUGAAGCAACAAGCGCAACACGCAACGGGUGACAAGUCGCGUGCUGAGCCACCGAUGAAACCCGGAUCAGAACGUGUAAAAACUCCACCGGCGGCACCGAUCGCUGCCGAUGGGACAACUGCUUCAGAGGUGCGUGAAAUUUCCUCAUCCUCAUCUUCGCGACGUGUUGCGUCACCGACGUCCACGACCAAGACACACGCCACCGAGCCCAAGGAACCGACCGCGGCGACGGGUACGAAACGAACCGAACCUGCCUCCACACCGCCACCCCUCACACCGGCCCCAUCCUCCACAAAGCCAUCGUCCACGUCGGACGUGUCGGUGCCGAAGAAGCGUCGCAUGAUGACACGCAACGCGGCCCAACACUCCCAGCCGGAGGAUCCACUCAAAACGGAAAUCAUCAGCGAUGCCGAUGAUCAGUAGGAACCGCCGUUCUCGACGCGUGCACCCUCAAACGAAACCUUUAAUAAAACGACAAAGCACACACGUUUCACAGCACAACUAGUGCUAGUUGCCACUUUAGUAA